AUGAUCCCGCGGCGGGUCGAUCCGAUCGCCGGCGCGGGACACGCGGCGUGGCGCGCGUACGCGGCAUCGACGGCGAAGGCAUCGACGGCGGCUCCGUCGUCCGCGGCGCUGGCCACCGCCGCGCGCCGCGCGUUCUCCUCCGCCGCGACGACGGCGUCGUCCGUCCCGCCCGUCGCGACGCAUCCGCUGGUGAACGGAGGACCCGCCGCGGAACGAGCGCUCGGGUGGUGGCUCGCGGGCGGGUGCGCGUGGGUGUACAGCAUGGUCGUCCUGGGCGGCGUCACGCGGCUCACUCGGAGCGGCCUGUCCAUGACCGACUGGAAGUUCGUCGAGAAACCGCCGCUCACCGCCGAGGACUGGGACGCGGAGUUCGCCAAGUACAAGGAGUCCCCAGAGUACAAGAAGACGAACACGUGGAUGACCGUGGACGACUUCAAGUUCAUAUACUGGAUGGAGUGGGGACACAGGCAGUGGGGCCGCGCGCUUGGCGGGUACUUCGUCCUGCCCCUGGCGUACUUCGCCGCCAAGGGGUGGGUCACGCGCUCGCUCGCGACGCGCCUGGCGACGUUCUUCGGCCUCGGAGCGGCGCAGGGCGCCAUCGGCUGGUGGAUGGUCAAGUCCGGGCUCGUCGAGGACGCGGAUAACCCGAGCAACGCCCCACGGGUGUCGCCCUACAGGCUCGCCACGCAUCUCACCGGCGCGUUCACCAUAUACGUCGCCAUGCUGUGGACGACGCUCGACGUGAUGUAUCCGACGCCGCCCGUCGUUCGACGCGCCGCCGAGCGCGCGAGGGCCGCCGCGCACCCGCUCGCCGCGCUCGUGGGCGUCACCGCGCUCAGCGGGGCGUACGUCGCCGGCAUGGACGCCGGGAGGGCGUAUAACACGUUCCCGCUCAUGGACGGAAAAUGGACGCCGGACGAGUACUGGUCCAUGUGGGAAUCGCGCGGGUGGAGGAACUUCUUCGAGAACACCGCCGCCGUGCAGUUCGAUCACAGAGCGCUGGCGCUCACCACGCUGGCGGCGGUGACGUUCGUCUGGGGCGCGCACAGGUUUAACGGUCAUUUGCCCGCCGCCGCGACGGCGCUCCUGGACGCGACGGCGCUGGUGACUUUCGCGCAGGUCGGGCUGGGUAUCUCCGCGUUGCUGAACCACGUGCCCGUGAGCCUCGGGAGCUUGCACCAGGCGAACGCGCUGAACCUGUUCACCGUGGUGGUGGGGUUGAUGCACGUGCUCAGGCGGCCGAGGGCGGGGGGUCUCCCCGCGCCCGCUUUUUCGGACGCGAUGAGGGUCGCGUCGACGGCUGCCAAAACGGCGACCAAACCCGGGGUCAAGGUCAAGGUGAAGCGCAAGUAAUAG